AUGGCUUCUCAGCCUGAAGACCACAAGAAGAAGGUCAACUUGACCGACCCCUCCGGCGCGGAGGUCAAGCACGAAGAUGACACCGCCACGGCCAUUCUCAAGAAGAAGAAGAAGCCCAACCAGUUGAUGGUCACCGACGCCGUCAACGAUGACAACAGCAUCAUUGCCCUGUCUGAGGCCACCAUGGACGCCCUGUCGCUCUUCCGUGGCGACACCGUCCUCGUACGAGGCAAGAAGAGAAAGGAGACUGUGCUCAUCGUUCUCGCCGACGAGGAGCUGGAUGAGGGUAGCGCCAGAAUCAACCGUGUUGUCCGUCACAACCUGCGAGUGAAGCACGGCGACAUGAUUACCAUUUCUCCUUGCCCCGAUAUCAAAUAUGCCAAGCGAAUCGCUGUACUUCCCAUUGCCGACACCGUCGAGGGCCUCACUGGCUCCCUCUUCGACGUCUUCCUCGCCCCAUACUUCCGCGAAGCCUACCGACCGGUGAAGCAGGGAGACUUGUUCAUUGUCCGUGGUGGUAUGAGACAAGUGGAAUUCAAGGUCGUCGAGGUGGAUCCUCCGGAAUACGGCAUCGUCGCUCAGGACACCGUCAUCCAUUGCGAAGGCGAGCCUAUCCAGCGCGACGAGGAGGAGAACAACUUGAACGAGGUUGGCUAUGACGACAUUGGUGGAUGCCGCAAGCAGAUGGCUCAGAUCCGAGAGAUGGUCGAGCUUCCCCUCCGCCAUCCCCAGCUGUUCAAAUCUAUCGGUAUCAAGCCGCCUCGAGGUGUCUUGCUGUACGGUCCUCCUGGUACCGGUAAGACUCUCAUGGCUCGUGCUGUCGCCAACGAAACCGGCGCUUUCUUCUUCCUCAUCAAUGGUCCCGAGAUCAUGUCCAAGAUGGCCGGAGAGUCCGAGUCGAAUCUGCGAAAGGCCUUCGAGGAGGCUGAGAAGAACUCGCCCGCCAUCAUCUUCAUUGACGAGAUCGACUCCAUCGCCCCCAAGCGAGACAAGACCAACGGUGAAGUUGAGCGCCGUGUAGUGUCUCAGCUGCUCACCCUCAUGGACGGCAUGAAGGCGCGCUCUAACGUCGUCGUCAUGGCCGCUACCAACCGACCCAACUCCAUCGACCCGGCCCUGCGACGAUUCGGUCGUUUCGACCGCGAGGUGGACAUUGGUAUCCCCGACCCGACUGGCCGUCUGGAGAUUCUCCAGAUCCACACCAAGAACAUGAAGCUGGCCGACGAUGUCGACCUGGAGCAGAUCGCUGCCGAGACCCACGGUUACGUCGGUUCCGAUGUUGCUGCCCUCUGCUCCGAGGCUGCCAUGCAGCAGAUUCGUGAGAAGAUGGACCUUAUCGAUCUGGAUGAGGAUACCAUCGAUGCCGAAGUCCUCGACUCCCUUGGCGUCACCAUGGACAACUUCCGAUUCGCCCUGGGCGUGUCCAACCCCUCUGCUCUCCGCGAGGUCGCUGUCGUCGAAGUUCCCAACGUCCGCUGGGAGGAUAUCGGUGGCCUCGAGGGUGUCAAGCAAGACCUCCGAGAGAGCGUCCAAUACCCCGUCGAUCACCCCGAGAUGUUCCUCAAGUUCGGCCUCUCCCCGUCCCGAGGUGUCCUCUUCUACGGUCCUCCCGGUACCGGUAAGACAAUGUUGGCCAAGGCUGUCGCCAACGAAUGCGCUGCCAACUUCAUCUCCGUCAAGGGACCAGAGCUUCUCAGCAUGUGGUUUGGUGAAUCCGAGAGCAACAUCCGAGACAUCUUCGACAAGGCCCGAGCUGCUGCUCCUUGCGUCGUUUUCCUCGACGAGUUGGACUCCAUCGCCAAGGCCCGUGGUGGCUCCAUGGGUGAUGCCGGCGGUGCCUCUGACCGAGUUGUCAACCAACUUCUGACUGAAAUGGACGGCAUGACCUCCAAGAAGAACGUCUUCGUCAUUGGUGCCACCAACAGACCCGAGCAGCUUGACCCUGCUCUCUGCCGUCCUGGCCGUCUGGAUUCGCUCAUCUACGUUCCUCUUCCUGAUGAGCCUGGCCGUCUCAGCAUCCUCAAGGCCCAGCUGCGCAAGACUCCCGUCGCUGCCGACGUCGACCUUGGCUACAUCGCCGCCAAGACCCACGGCUUCUCUGGUGCUGAUUUGGGAUUCAUUACCCAGCGUGCCGUCAAGAUUGCCAUCAAGGAGGCUAUCACUGCCGACAUUGAGCGCCAGAAGGCCCGCGAGGCUGCUGGCGACAACAUGGAUGUUGACGAAGAAGUCGAGGACCCCGUUCCCGAGCUGACCAAGGCCCACUUCGAGGAGGCCAUGCAGAUGGCUCGUCGGUCCGUCAGCGAUGUGGAGAUUCGCCGAUAUGAGGCCUUUGCUCAGCAGAUGAAGAAUGCUGGGCCUGGUGCCUACUUCAAGUUCCCCGAUGGAGCUGAGGGAGCCACUGGUGACGCUGGCAACUCUUUUGGCGACGCCGGCAACGAUGACGAUCUCUACGACUAA